AUGAGCAGCCUGUCGGCGACCCCCCCAGCGGGUGUUGCUGCCGCUGGCGCUGCCAGUCCUGCUGCGGCGGAAAUGGGAGCGGCAUUCACCGCGCCGCGUUCGCGCGCCUCCACAGUUGAAAACUGCUUAAUGGAAGAGUACAACAUAAAGAAAAGCAAGAAGGGACGGGAGAGCCGCACCUCCUCCAAAAGUGGAGGGCAGGGGGGCGGGGGAGUAAGGGCAAGGCAGCGGAAGGGCAGGGCACUGAGGAGGCAGACGAGCACAGCGGGGGCCGCCGUAGUGGAUUUUUUGCGAUGGUCAUUUGUGCUCGACGUUGAGCCGUUGCGUGAUGCUGUGCCAGAGGGAGCUGACAAUCUUCGGCUCCCCGUCGGUAACGAUGCUUUUGUGACCGUGCUCGAGCAGGGAAUAAACUUCUUAUUCUGGGAGUCCGGACAAAAGAGGACGUAUUUCUCGACUGAGGGGCGCAUCCCAGGCUACCAGAAGGACCUGGCAACACGCUCCACCGUUGUAUUGACUCCACCAUGA